CGCGGGCUGCGUUAUUUGACGCAUUGGUAUCGCUCUCAUCCAAAGUCAGAAAGAAAUCCUUUCAUGGCGGCUGUUGUUCAAGGGACAACGUUGCUGAUUGACAAGUGUCGCGUUUGAGAUUCCCGUCAAAACCACUUGUCCUGGGCUUCCCUUUACAUUUUAUUAAAAAUACCGCUUUAUUAGAAUAAAGAGGCCUGCGAGUUCAAAUUGGCACUCACUUGGUUUAUACACUGCAGCUGCUCACACACCUCGUCCUAUCCAAUUGACGCUCCUGAGAUGCAGCGUCACUCCAAAGGACAAACCGACCGGGUUUCAUUCCUGAAGUCACGGCAGCACAGUCGCAUGGCGUGGCGCAAUCCACCACCCUAACAAAACCACAGUUGAAUACCAGUUUGGGCUCCAAAGAUAGCUGCAAUUACGCAUAGGGCCCUUUGUUCCUGCUCACAGUCCGGAGCAGUCAACUGUAGCAUGGUGCUGUGGCUCUACGGUCGCCUUACAAUAAAGGACAACGUUUGAUAUCUGUGGACAUCAGAGCACAACAGGUCAGCCAUCUUUUAAUGAGUCACCUUUACCAAUGUGUGUUAGAAGAGGACAGAUAACCGGACAGAGAAAAUCUUCUUGACAUCUGUAGCCUUCGCUUAUUCUCCAGCCCAACCAUGAGGGACAGACUGAGCAACCUGCAGGAAAUGUCCAACGACCAUGUGGAGCAGAUGGAGUAUGCGGACUCCGUGGACUCCACUCUCUCCGACACCUUAAGCAACGUGGACCUGCAGGAGGAGCUGUCCCAUGAGGCAGUGUUGUUCGACAACAGCCCUGCUCUGGAGGGGAUCUUUUCCCAGUCACAGGAUAUCCACAGAGAGAUCCAGCUCAUCCGCCUGGAGAUCAAAAGGCUUCGUGAGCAGAACUCUCGCAUGGUCCAGGGCGUCACCACCAUGAGCAUUAUCAAAAGGGACUCCAACGCUAUUGGUGCUGAUAUAAAGGCUCGGGCUGAGGAUGUGCUGGCACGCCUGCGGGAUAUGGACGGCACAGCUCGCAAGCUAGAAGAAGAACACAGCUCAAAUUCUGCCAUCACGCGCAUUGCCAGAACCCAGUAUGCUUGCCUCAGCAACGGUUUCCGCGAUGCCAUGUUUGAGUAUAAUGAGGCCGAGAUGAGUCAUCGGGAGAACUGUAAAGCCCAGAUCCAGAGGCAAAUGGAGGUAGUGGGACGUGAGGUGACAGGAGAGGAAGUGGAGGAGAUGAUUGAGAAAGGUCAGUGGAACAUCUUUAAUGACAACAUUAUGGCUGAAGGUAAAACCGCUCGCUCAGCUCUGUGCCAGGUUGAGAAACGUCACCAAGAGUUGGUGGACCUGGAGACCCGCAUCAAUGGCAUCCAUGAGAUCUUCCUGGACGUCGCCCUGCUGGUAGAGGAGCAGGGCCCCAUGCUGACCACCAUCCAAACCAACGUUCAGAAAACCGACGAGUGCAUACAGGAGUCCCUCGUCAAAAUCGCCAGGGCCAAACGUCAUAACAAGAACAACCCCUUUAGAAAGAUGUUUUGCAGCUGUUUCCCUUGUGUCGACUGAUGACUGUACGGCACCGAGAUGGUAGAGGGACAGACAAAUAUGCAAUGUGCUGUCCAGACAAAGAUCAGGGGGAAAUCUAAAGGACAAUAAGCAUUUUCUGUAUCAUUAAAAUAACUUCUUAUUGUCACAAAGUCUUUGUCAACAUGGCCUGUAGAGGUAUUGUGUAAUAUCUUUCCAGGAAGUGAAAUAAAGGUUUUCAUAGACAGGUUAAAACUGUGUCUAGAUUGAGAGACAAGGGUAAAGUAUUUUAAAAUUGUAUAAAAGUGAUCCAUUGAUGACCGGUGUCGCAAAUCAGAAUUCAUCCCCCAUGAGGUGUCAUGCGACUGGUAUCUGAAAAUAUUUUUUAAGUUUUUGUAGCCUGAUGAUUUUUUUUUUUUUUAUAAAAUUGCAGAUAAAUUCAUAGAGAAGCCAUUCACAU